AAACGAAUUCACGGUGAGCGCGUGCUACACAUUCUCCCAUGCGCUCAACGGUUUUAUUUAUAUAAUAAUCGUGUUUUCGUAAGGUCGACAGUAGCCACGCCAUAUUAAACGUAUCAACGAUUAAACAUUUCGACCCAACGCAACAACAACUUAUAAAAUAACUUACGCUUACAAAGCGAUGAUUUUUAUUCUAACGCUCGUGCUGGCUGCGGGAAGUGCGCACGGCGGUUUAACGGAUUAUUUGAAUGGAGUGAAAACAUAUUUUGGUUAUGAUUCUACCGAGAACCAAGUGGAAGGUUUCGAAGGUUUCGAAACGAAAAUCCCAUAUGAGGUCGCUCCGGCCGAUGAGAAAUUUAUAUCGCAAGCUAUUGAGUUGACUGGUGUGGCGGUUUCGGAGUUAGAUGCAUGCCAACACAGGUUGAUAUUAAAGCUGAAAUCCGACUGCCACUUGCUGAAUGACUUGCAAAUCUCCAAACUGGCAGUUGCUUUGCUCAACUGCCAGUCAUAUAUUGAGGGUAGAAAGGUUUACCCUUGUACAGAAGAGAUGUCUUUAAAGGCAUGCACAUCUGAAAUGGAUGCUGAUGUAUGGAACAGUUAUCAUUUAAUGACAAACCGCGCGCGUGCUGUGUGUUACUCUAUAAGACAAGCGCAAUUUCGUGGUCUUACAGAACACACAGUCAAUAGGUUAAUGGAAGCAUCUCAAAAACAACUCAAUACUUUAGGGAAAAUCUCCAAGGAACAAGAAGAUUUACAAAAUAUAGCUGAAGACACACUUGAAUUCAUAAACAAGGGCCAUCAAGAUUUGGCAGCACAACAAAAAGACCUUCAGAAAGCUCAGCUUUAUGGCCAGCUGCAAAUUGAAGACAAUAUAAAUAAACUAGCAGAUGAAAAACGACUCAUUGUUGAAUCCCAGAUGCAGCUGGCUGCAAUGACAAAAAUGUUACAGGAAAAACUCACCAUUGCAGCUAAACAGAUUGAGAUGCAAUCUGCAGAGACCAGUAAUAAUCACAAUGAAGUCCUCGAUGACUUAAUGGUGAUACAGGAGAAGGCACAGAUAAUAUUUAAAAAGAUUGAUGAUUCUUCUAACAUGCUGUUGAAGCACAGCGAACUUGCCACCAAACAAUAUCAAGCCACAUUAGAACAACUCAAAGAAAUGAAUUCUACUGUAAGUAACCUGGCCAUUCUAGUUGGUGGAACGAAAAAAGCUCUUGAAGACCGUCUUCAGUGGAUUACACAGCUUCUUGGUGGGACUGAUAACGCCCUUGAGCGAAUUUACAUAUUUUUAUGGCAUAUUUUGUUCUUAAUCAUUAGUAUGAUAGCUUCUGCAUUUAUGAAUGCAAGUUUUCCCACCAGACUCGCUGUUAUCAGCACAAUUCCCGGUAAUUUAGCUCUUAAUAUUUUAAAAUCCGAACAUGCUGCCGAUCCACUUGAAUUAGCGGCUUUCCUCGUAAUUUUUAUCACUGUUCAAACAAUUCUCUUCAAAGUAUGGGCAUACGUUCAAAACAGAAAACCGUUAGCGAUUAGUUAUAACAACACUGAUAGGUAUAAGAAUCCAGAUACAACUAAUAAUUUAAGGGCUGAGACACCAUUACGUUCAGUUAGCAGAGCUAGUUCUUUUAAUAUCACCCCGGAGAAUUCUGAAGUAAACGCGGAAGUUUCCAGAGUGACUGAUUACACUGAACAUGCUGAACAUUCAACGCCUUAUUCUAGUCGGUCGUAUAGACAACGAAAUUUAGUUAGCUACAGACGCGAUAGUCAUGAUAAUCGUGAAGAAACUGAUCAUUUUGCUGAAUUUUUAUCUCCUACACCUCCGUUAUCGAGGACUAACUUCCGUGCGAGUAGUAGAACGCCUAGUUCUGUAGGAGUGAAAGGAACUUGCACUGCCAUGACAAGAUUAGGUACACCAUGCAAAAAUUCUGCUACGGCUGGUAGAGAUGUGUGUUACAGGCAUUUGAAAGGUGAUUCUGUUGCACGUUAAUUAAACUGGUGCUUUAUUUAAGUGGGUUUAGUUUUAGGGGUAGUCAAAUGUAGACAAUUUUAUUUUUACACUAGAAUUAUCAAGGUUAAUUAAGUAAUUUUCAAAUCAUUUUACUUUAUAAGUUGAUCUCUUGAUAUUUGCCAUGUUUAAUUCAAUUAUUUUGAUGGAACAAUUAUUUAUUUAGUUUAAUUUAUUUAAUGGACUCAAUUUGUAAAAUAAUUUCUGAAUUAUGUCGAAUAUUACAAUCAAGUUUAGAUUAUAAUUCAAAGAAACGUGGUUUCGGUACUGUUGGUGACAUAAAAAUAAUAUAAAUACAUACACAAUCAAA